AUGGAGAAGGAGCUAGUAGAUAAGGAAUUUCAGAUAGUAGAACUGGGUAGUAAAGUGAAGAAUUUGGAACUCGAACUUAAAGUGAAGGAUGAUGCAAUGGCUAAGAUGGAAGCUGAGAAUCAAAGGCUUCGCCGAAGGGUCUCUUUAGGAGCACAGUGGAUUGGCAUUCUUGAAUGUCAAAUUGCCGCAGAGAGACUCAUCGCCCAACAGCCUUCCACUUCGAUGGGACCUCAGCCUGCACACCCGCGCCAUGUGGUCACAGUCAACAGUUCUGAGGAGGACCCAGAGGAGGACCCAGAGAAGGAUAUGAUGGAUGACGAUUGA